AUGCAGUCUCCGACAGAGCUGGCGGGACACGUGCGUAAUCAGUCUUUGACAGACUUCAAACUGCCCGGACUGGGUAGAUCAGACUCGCGAAGACUACGAGCUGGCUCAGAGCGUAACGGAACUCCAACAGGGACGUUUGCGCCACGGUUCAUUAAGAGCGAAGAGACAGACGAAGGCGCCGAGCGGGUAAGAGGCAUUGAGGGCGAGAAUGACUUCUCGGGAAAGAGAUAUGUUUGGCUACGUGAUCCUGCGACUGCCUUCAUGCGUGGAUGGGUGGUGGAAGAGCUGCCCGGAGACAUGCUCAAAGUGCAGUGCGACAAUGGCAACCAGCGAGAUGUGGCAGCAGACUCAGUGGACAAGGUCAACCCAGCCAAAUUCGACAAGGCAGACGACAUGGCCGAGCUCACCCAUCUUAACGAAGCUAGUGUUGUCUACAACCUGCAGCAGCGCUAUCAGGCCGACCUCAUAUACACCUACUCCGGCUUGUUCCUCGUCACGGUCAACCCGUACACCCCUUUGCCCAUCUACGGACGCGACUAUGUCAACAUGUACAAAGGUAGAAGUCGAGAGGACACAAAACCGCAUAUCUUUGCCAUGGCAGAUGAAGCAUUUCGGAAUCUGAUUGAUGAGGGCACUAACCAGUCCAUUCUUGUGACCGGAGAGUCUGGUGCAGGAAAAACAGAGAAUACUAAGAAAGUCAUCCAAUUCCUGGCUUCUGUAGCAACCUCGGACACGCCGCGAGCAAAGAGCAGCGGCCGUCAACUAUCGAAUCUGUCCGAGCAGAUAUUGCGUGCCAACCCGAUUUUGGAAGCUUUUGGUAACGCACAAACAGUCCGGAACAACAACUCCUCUCGAUUUGGAAAGUUCAUCAGGAUAGAAUUCACCCGGGCUGGUCAGAUCGCAGGGGCAUACAUUGACUGGUAUCUGCUGGAGAAAAGUAGGGUCGUGCACGUCAACCCCAACGAGCGCAAUUACCAUGUCUUCUACCAACUACUGCGUGGCGCAGACCCGGCCAUGCGGCGGGCCUUUAUGCUUGACAAUAUGGACGUCGAAGACUUUGAGUACACCAGGCAUGGAAACGACAUUAUAUCAGGCGUUUCCGACCAAGACGAGUGGAAUUCGCUGCUUGAGGCGUUCCACAUCAUGAACUUUUCAGACGAUGACCAAACGGCUGUCCUCCAAUCGAUAGCAGGCGUGCUUCAUCUCGGGAAUAUCUCUGUCAUGAAGGAGAGCCUUCGAGCAGAUCAAGCAGCGUUGGCCCCGGACUCUGCAGAGGCUGUGCGUCGGACAUGCCAUCUCCUUGGUAUCGAUACACAGUCAUUUGUGAAGGCUCUGCUGCAUCCUCGAGUGAAAGCAGGACACGAAUGGGUCGAGAAGGUCCAGACGCCGGAGCAAGUCCGACUCUCGAUCGAUGCCUUGUCCAAGGGCAUUUACGAGCGCGGCUUCGGUGACUUGGUCGACCGAAUUAACCGUCAGUUGGAUCGCACUUCGUCUGGAGCCUAUGCCGAUGAUACCACUUUUAUUGGAGUCCUGGACAUUGCUGGCUUUGAAAUUUUCGAGGAGAACAGUUUUGAGCAGCUGUGCAUCAACUACACCAACGAGAAACUUCAGCAAUUCUUCAAUCACCAUAUGUUUGUCCUGGAGCAGGAAGAGUAUGCGCGAGAACAAAUCGAGUGGAAAUUCAUCGAUUUCGGUCGCGAUCUCCAGCCCACAAUCGACCUCAUUGAGCUACCAAAUCCCAUCGGCAUUUUCUCGUGUCUAGAUGAAGACUCUGUGAUGCCCAAGGCAACGGACAAAUCCUUCACCGAGAAGCUGCAUUCGCUUUGGGACCGCAAGACCCCAAAGUACAAGCGCUCGCUGUUGAAUCAAGGGUUUAUGCUCACACAUUACGCCGCAGAGGUCGAAUACUCAACUGAAGGCUGGUUGGAGAAGAACAAGGACCCUUUGAACGACAACGUUACACGUCUGCUGGCUGGCUCGAGCAACGAGCAUGUGGCACGUCUUUUCGCCGACUGCGCCGUUGUUGAAGAUGUUGAAGGAGCUGCACGCAGUCGGGUGAAGAGAGGUCUGUUCCGCACCGUUGCGCAGCGACACAAGGAACAACUCUCAACUUUGAUGAACCAGUUGCACUCCACGCAUCCUCAUUUCGUACGUUGCAUCUUGCCGAACCACAAGAAGAGACCCAAACAAUUCAGCUCUCCACUCGUCUUGGAUCAGCUUCGCUGCAAUGGUGUGCUCGAAGGCAUCAGAAUUGCGAGAACUGGCUUUCCCAAUCGACUUCCUUUCGCCGAGUUCCGUGCACGCUAUGAGGUCCUGUGUCAGAAUAUGCCCAAGGGCUACGUUGAAGGCCAGGCGUUCGCCACGCUCAUGCUCGAAAAGCUCAACAUGGAUCGCAGCUGGUACCGGGUCGGCCUUACGAAGGUCUUCUUCCGCGCGGGUGUGCUCGCUGAGCUGGAAGAGAAGCGCGACUCCCUCAUUCGCGACAUCGUCGUCCGCUUCCAGGCCCUGGCCAGGAUGUUCGUCCAAAGACGCAUCUUCAGGAAGCAGCAGUACCGCGCCGAGGCAACGCGUGUCAUUCAGCGUAACUUUCAGGUCUACCUUCAGAUGCAAGCAAACCCCUGGUGGCAGCUGUUCGCGCGGAUGCGCCCACUGCUCGGUGCCACAAGACAGUCAAAUGAGGUCAAAAAGAGAGAAGAAGAGAUCAAACUGCUCCAGGAGAAAAUGGUCGCAGAGGAGGCCCAGCGCGCAAAGGUUGAAGACGAACGUAGGCGCGCUGAGACGGAGGUUCAAAAGAUCCAGCACACUCUUGAAAGUGAGCGUGCACUCGCUCUGGACAAGGAGGAAAUCUUCCGCCGCCUCCAAGACCGUGAAGCUGAGCUCACCGAGAAAUUGCAGGGUGCGCUCGAUGACCAGGACGGUCUGGAGGAGCAAAUAGAUGAGCUCUUGGCUGCUCGCAAGAUGGCUGAGGAGCAAGCCGAGGAGCGUAGGAAACGUCUUGAUCAAGCCACUCAGAUCAUCGAGAAGCUAGAGACCGAAAAGCACAACCUCGCUGGUCGUAUUUCCGAGCUGGACGCUCAUUUGGAAGAGAUUGAGAACACCAAGGCCAUGCGAAGCGAACAGGAGGAGGCGCUCCAGCAGGAAAUUCGAAUGCUGCAGAGCCAAUUGAGCCUGAAAGAUCGCAAGCUACAAGACCUGGAAGCCAAAGCUCUGAAGACAGACCAAGAUCUGGAUCUCAAAUUGGACGCUGCGACGAAGGACCUGCAGGGCUCGAGGAAGCAGAUCCGUGAUCUGUUGGAUGAAAACAGAUCAAUCCGCCAGCAGAUGACCGACCUUUCAGCGACCUCGACCAGCUUUGAGGACCUCAUCAAGCGCAAAGACAGCGAGCUGGCCAUUCUGAGGACUGAUAUGAAGCGAUAUCAGGAUGACCGCAAGCGAUUCGAGGAGGAGAAGUACAGUCUGACCGCACAGCAUGGUAGUAUUCAAAGCCGUUUGCGUGACGUUCUGGCUGAGAUGGAGGCUGUCAAAACUCAGCAUGCACAGCUGCAGCGUGAAGCCGCAGAUGCAAAGCGGGCUUUGGAGGAGCAAACGUCCUCGAAUGAACAAGCCAAGAUGCUCGAGGCCCAGAUUCACGACAUCAAGGGUGAACUCUUCCAGACGCAGACAGACCUCAGCCGUGAACGCCAAUCCCGAGAUGACGUGAAACGUAUCGCGGCCGCAGAAUACGAGUCCUUGAAGCGCGACCUGGAUUCUCUCAAGGAGUCAAAAGUGACUGUUGAGAAGGAGAUGUAUGUGCAAUCUGACCUGACAAGGCGCGCUACCGCCGCUCGAGAGACGGCGGAGAAUGAACGCAAGGAGUACCAAGCGGAACUACAGAGCCUUCGAAAGAAGUUCAUUGAUAUGCAAGAGGCCAAGAUCGACGCUGAAGCCGUUGUGGAACGCGAUCUAAAUCGUCAAGCAAAUGAGMGCCUUUCCAACAUGCGCCGUGACUUGGAUGAGAAGAUACAGCAAGCCGAGCAGUUAGAAGCCGAACGUGGGCAGCUUGCAGGCGAGGUGCAGCGAUUGAAGAGAUUCAUCUCCGACUCUGACAACUUUAAGCUUCACCACGAUCAGGAGAAGCUUCGUCUCGAGCGCGAGCUGGUCACCGUCAAGGGCCGUCUGACCGCAUCCGAGAACGACAACCGUGCGCUCUUGAACAAGGUGCAGCAAAAGAAUCUUGACAUUGCUCGCUCCAACUCCAAGGCCAGCGACAGCCAGCGCGGUCGUGUGGCGCAAUUGCUGGCUGAAAAGGCCAAGUCCGAUGAAGAAGCGAAGAAGCUUCUUCGCCAGCUCAACGACGCGCAGCUUACAAUCACCUCGCUUGAGAAGCAGAAGGAAAAGCUUUCACUGAACCUUGAAGAUCUCAACCACGAAGUCGAUCGCGAGCACAAGUCAACUCGCAAUGCAGAGCAGCAGGCUUCCACCGUCAGCCUUCAGCUUGCUGAAGCCAACCGAAAGCUGGAGACUGAAAGACAGCUCCGCUCGCAGGCAMAACAGAACACGCGAACCGUGCAAAACUCUCUUGRUGCUGUACACAACGAGCUCAAUGAAGCCCACGGCCAUCUCCAGCUCCUACAGAAAGUCUUUGAUCCGGAGCAUGGUCGACUGCCGUCCAAUAUCGAUGGGGCGAAGCCUGAUCUUAAGCAGACCAUCGAUCUGGCCAAAAAGCUGGAGGCAUCAGAAAGCGCUUUACGGCUUGCUACCGAUCGAUUCUCAAAGGCAGAGGCCCAGCUGGAGAACAGCAGGGCCCAGUACCAAGAGGAAUUGCAGGAGAACGAUAGUCGCCAUCAGAACUCCAAACGUGCUCUGCUCGAGGAGAUGAACGCAAGCCAGGUUAACGCACGAGCUUCGCCAACCAACCUCCGCCGCGAGUGGGACAGCCGCAAGCCAUUCUCGCCAGCACCUGUCGGCGGCACUCCUACCACUCAACGACAUCUGAGCAAGGCUAGCAACGACUCUACUCGCUCAGACCGCACCGUGGACACUGUAACAUACAACAACCGCAUGGAUCUAGCGGCUGAAGUGGAGCUGCUUCAAAAUCAAUUGCAAAUGUCCGAGAUGCAGAAUCGUCAUUUGCAGGCACAGGCCGAACGCACUCCAAGCAAGAGCAACUGGCAAGAUGACAGUCCUUCUGUUCGUCGUGUCCAGAAACUCGAGCGUGAGAAUUUCCGCCUGCAUGAUAUGCUGGAUGAUUCGGCUAAGAAGGUAUCCGUGCUUGAGCACAGCAUCCGCACUGGCCAACUCUCCCUGAAGGAGGUCCAAACGAAGAGCCACGAGGAACUGUACGACCUGAUCAACUCUCAAGAACAAUCUCGCCGUACUCUUUUGACUUCUCACAAUACUGCCAUAUCUGAACUAGCAGACGCCAAAACUGCAUUCGACGACAUCAAGCAGCACAAGGCAUCGGUGGAAAWUGAACUGCGAGACGCAAAAUCCGAGCUUGAGGAUCUCACCUAUGAGCGAGAACAAGAGGCCGCAAACCACUCGCAGCUGUUGCAAGAGUUCUCCGACAUGCAGAUCCGCCUUGAUGCUGAGUCUUCGAGAAGCGAAGACCUUGCYGGAAGCAUGAAUUUGUACAAGGCAAGAGCUGACGAAUACUUCGGGAAGCUUGAGCAGGCAGAGAUUGCAGUUCUCAAGGCAUCCCGUGCCGAGCAGUUCGCCAAGUCGCAGGCAAAGGAGGCGGAAGAAACCUGUGCAAGCAUCAUGUCCGAGCGCAAGCAGUUGGACAUGCUGGUGGAGGAUUUGCAGCGCCAGACUCAACAGUACGAGGAGAAGCUGGAGGAUGUUUCAACUGAUCUCCAGAGCGCUCUGCAAUCUAAGAAGCGCCUUCAAAACGAGCUAGAAGACUACCGCUCGCAACGAGCAAUGGAUCUCGAGGACAAGGAGACUUCGAUGGAGCAGACCCGGAAGAAGUAUCAAGGCGAACUCGCCUCGCUGACAACUGAGCUUGAGAUCGAGCGCGACAAUGUCAUUCACUCCAGAGGAGAAAAUGGUCGCCUUCGCGAUGAGUUGGAGGAGCUCAGGAGCAAAUGGGACGAUGAGGUACUCAAUAGCUCGACAUGGGCCAAGGAAAAGUCUCGACUUGAGGUGACGCUCCAAAGCCUGUCGGACUCUCGUGACGAGGCCGUCAACGCCCACAACGACGCCCAGAGCAAGGUCGUCGAGCUACUCGGCCAAGUACGCGGUCUGCGAACGAACGUAGACGAUAUCGCGGCCGAGCGCGAUAUGCUCGCCAAAGAAAAGAAGGGUCUUGAAAGUCGUCUCGCUGAGGCUGCCAGCCGUCUUGACGACCUGUCCGAGAACGGCUCGCCUUCGAAGCGAUCUGCAGCAUCGUCUGAUAGGGAAGUCUUGGAUCUCAAGUCAAGACUCGCACAUCAAGAGGACAUUGCAGCGGCUGCAGUUGGCAAGAUGCGCCGUGCUGAAGCACUUGCUCAGGAGGUGCAGCGAGACAUUACCAAUGAGCGCGAAACCAGCGUGCAGCUUCACAAGUCCAAGGCAGCGCUUGAGAAGAGCCUCAAAGACCUUCAGCUCAAGUGCAUCGAUCUGGAGACCAAGGGAUAUUCCAGCGGCAGCCAAGACGUUCGUUUCUUACACGGCAGAAUCCAGGAGCUCGAAACAUCUCUCGAAUCGCUCGAAAACACGCGCACAAGUGAAGCCCGCAGCGUCCGCAACGUCGACCGCACGGUCAAGGACCUCCAAUCCCAGAUCGAACGCCGCGACAAGGCAGCGCAGAUGCUCACCGACGACUUGCACAAAUCCCGCGACAAGGUUGAACGUCUGUUACAGACCAUUGAUGAGCUACAAGCAAGUGACUCCGGCGCGCAGCUAGCUACCAAGCGCGCUGAACGUGAGCUCCGCGAGGAGCGUGAGAAGAAUCUCCGACUGGAGCGCGAGUUGGAGCGCAUGGGCGCCGUCUCCCGUGCUGAUCGCGAGAGUGUGAGGCGGAGCACCACGCUGGCUGCCAUCAGUGAUGGCAGUGGGAACCGCAGCAGGAGAGGGAGUUCAGUGGCGCCCGGUAGCGUCAACGGGGAUGUCAAGAUCGAGGUUCCGGCAAGAAAGAGCAGUCUCACCAAGGGUUUUUUGUAG